GUUUAACAAUCACAACAGUUUCUUGUAUGAUGUUCUGUCUCCACAGAAACGACGAAGAGAGUCUCACAGUGUCCGCCGCAGGAAAUCCACAGGAAACUGACGAUGAAACGAUGCAUUCUUCAGAUGCUGAGUCACAGAGUCUGCUGCUUCAGGAAGUCGAGAGCUGCACCACAAGAUUUGCAUCGGGCCCUGCACUCCCACAACAAUCCGUGCAAGCUGAAGGAUCCAGUUCUAAGCAGAGGCCUGAUCCUCAUAUUGCUGGACCCUCUCCUGCCCGCUCCGAACAACGCAGUGUUGCUGGCUCGCUUCCAUGCACCAGUGUGGCCAUUUCCUCAGCUCCGCCUGAAGCCGUCUGCGCAUCCUUUAGCUCCUCCUCUCUUUCUCCCACAGCCCCUCCCUGUGACCCGAGGCCCAGGGUCAGCAUCGACUCCUCGAGCUUCUGGAAAAGCUGCAACGCAGCAGGAUGCACGCAGGCCAUCAUCACUGAUUUUAUCAGGAUGCUAAACGACAUCUCCAACAGAAUUCAGGCCGACCAGGCCAGUCAGGGGGAUUAUAAUCUGGCUCUGUCAGUGAUGGAGGCGUCUGGGAAGCUGACUGAGUUUGUGGACAAGCAGCAGAAAGAGUUAAAACGGAAGCAAACGGAGCUGAUGAAGGCAGUGGCAGCUAUGGAAGACGUCGUCACAGCAGUGAGGAGAUGAGUCUGGUCCAAUCAGCAGCUCCUUGAGAUUUGUUACGUGUGUGUGUUUGUGACCCAAGCCCAAGCAGGUACAUGAGGGUCAGAGUGUGUGAAAUAAUGCAGCAGUUCACAGCUGAAGCAGAUCUCUGAAUCCUGACAAGCUCAGCACUGUGAAAUCAAAGGUUGUUCACUUGUAUGAUACGAAUGUGUUUGAUGUUUUAUAAUCCUCACGAAUGUUACAGUAAAAAAAAGUGGUACAUGGUUGAUUAUAGAACUAAUGUAUACUGGUCUGUGCUCUUAAAUAUUUUAUAUUGUUUAUAAGGUGUCAUAUUUGUUAAUGAAAUUUACAUUUGUUUGCUCUCAAAUACAAAUACAUAGCAGGCUUGUUAGCGGAGAAACUGUUUUUCAGCUUCUCCUUCGUCAGUGAGUUUUUUCUCAUGUCAACACUGCAGGCAUGUAUCUCCUUUUUCUGACAGGAGAUAAUGAGGCAUCAGGCCACAGCUGGCCAUGAGACUGCUUUUUAGUCUUUCGCACAAUUAUUUCCAAGCCCCUGAAAAUGGACAAUAAUGUAUAAAAAUUCCUCAACGGUUCAUGCAAUUUGUUUUUGUUCGAACCCUCAAAUUAAAGCUGAGAGUCCGCACAACACCACAUUUCAAGUUCAUUGUGGUAGUGUACACUGUCACAUAAAUAACUGGUCUACAAAACAUCAAGAACAAAACAGCAAGGCCAUCACAGGAGGUUCAAAAGCCUGCUUCAGCAGAAGCCUAAUACCUUCAGCCAUCUCCACCUUAAACAAGUUUGUGGGUGCAGCUCAGCUGACUCACUAGCUUAGGACCUCAAUGUUUUUUGCACUCAACACACGAACGUCAGAAAACAAAAGUCCUGAAUCAAAAAAAAAAAAAAUCUUCUUUGUUGUAUUUUUAAUUGUGAAAUUACAGUCAUUUAGCAGACACUUUUAUCCAAAGCAACUUACAAGGGAAUUGAGUACAACCUGCCAGGGGUGGAGUUGAACUUGCGACCAUGAUGUCUUUUGAGUACCAGUCUUAACCACUGAGCUACCACCCCAAAAUAAAUAUAAUACAAAAGUAUGGAACUUAAAAUCUUUUACAACAUUAGAAUUUACUUAAAUUAUGUUCAUCUUUUUCUUUUGUGUCUGAUCUUUUCAUGUAAUGUUUUCUCUGUUUCUCUGCUGUGACUUAGUGAGACAUGCAAAUGUACAGAAAUUGUGAAAACGAAUUCCCCCCAGAGGACAAUAAACUAACUAACUAAACAAUCCAUUAUCUGAGGAAUAUUGAGGGCAUGGCCAAAUCUGUCUGACGGCAGAAAAACAAAUGCAUGAAGUCUUUGAAUUUAUUAUGGGUGUGUUUUGGGAAUAAAAUAUAUAUUUCAAGCAGA